AUGGCGGACACCGCGCGGCGGUGCAGGACGUACUGCCGGUGGCUAGCGAUGAUCGUCGUCGCUUACAUGUCGUGGCGUCACCGCGCGGACAUCCUCGGCACGAUGCGCGACGCGGGAGUGCUCCCGAAGGCGUGGGUCGAGGAGAAAUCGUGA